CAGUUUAUGUCUGAAAGUGAAGUUGUUGACUGGACUGAUACGAGUUUCGUGUACGCGAAAAUAAAAUAGCAUAUUUAUUUAAAAUAUACCUAAUAAUUAAAGUUUAAAAUGUCGGAAAAUGGGCACGACGAUGCGUAAGAAAACUCAAGUGUCGUUCGUGAUACGCGACGAGGAGGAGAGAAGGCACAAAAAUGGCGUUAGCUCAUUACAAUUGGACCCAGUACAAGGGAGGCUUUAUUCGGCCGGUCGCGACGGUAUUAUCCGAGUGUGGUCUACUGGAAAUGGUGUCCAAGAUAGGUACAUUCAGAGCAUGGAACACCAUACCGACUGGGUGAACGACAUUGUGUUGUGUUGCGGCGGAAAGAACCUUAUAAGCGCAUCCUCUGAUACGACUGUCAAAGUUUGGAACGCUCCAAAAGGGUUUUGCAUGUCUACUCUUAGGACUCACAAGGAUUAUGUACGUACUUUGGCCUAUGCUAAAGACAAAGAGCAAGUCGCCAGCGCCGGGUUGGACCGCGCUAUAUUUUUAUGGGAUGUCAACACUUUGACUGCGUUAACGGCCAGUAACAACACUGUUACUACUUCUAGUUUAGUAGGCAACAAGGAAUCUAUAUACAGCCUCGCUAUGAAUCCCCCAGGUACUAUUCUCGUUAGUGGUUCUACUGAAAAAGUCUUAAGAGUUUGGGAUCCGCGUAACUGUUCUCGACUUAUGAAACUAAAAGGCCACGCUGAUAAUGUUAAAGCUUUAGUCGUGAGUCGCGAUGGAUCGCAAUGUGUAUCUGGUAGUUCAGACGGCACUAUAAAAUUAUGGUCUUUGUCACAACAACGAUGCGUCUCAACAAUUAGAGUGCACUCGGAAGCGGUUUGGGCUUUGUUAGCAACUGAAAAUUUCACACAUAUUAUAUCUGGGGGUCGGGAUAGAUUAGUCAUUAUAACAGAAUUACGAAACCCUGAUAACUUUGUGAUUGUGUGUGAGGAGACUGCUCCUAUACUGAAGUUAUGCUUUACUGCGGACCAACAAGGUGUGUGGGUGUCUACAUCUGAAUCAGAUAUACGGUGCUGGAAAUUGCCUCCAAGGAACUCCUUAAGUUCCGAUAUGUAUAAUCAGAAUAGCUAUAACACAACCAAUGUAUACCAAACUCAGCCAAUCCAUCAUAUCCCUGGAGGCCCUGCUAUAAAACACUAUACUGUGCUAAAUGACAAACGACAUAUACUGACAAAGGAUACUGCCAACAAUGUAGCCUUAUAUGAUGUAUUAAAAGCUUGCAAAGUUGAGGAUUUAGGUGAAGUAGAUUAUGAUGAGGAAGCGAAAAAACGCUUUAAAAUGGUGUACGUACCAAAUUGGUUUAAUGUUGAUUUGAAAACUGGUAUGUUAACUAUCCAUCUUGGCCAAGAUGAAACGGACUGUCUAAGUGCAUGGGUGAGUGCAAAGGAGGCUGGAUUGACAACAGAAAAUGAUCAGAAGGUCAACUUUGGAGCACUGUUGCUGCAAGCAUUGUUGGAACAUUGGAAUCACCCGAGCAGAAUGAACGAAGCCGGCCAGAAAGUUAUAGGGAACAAUUUCUUCAGUGUUCCAUUACAUACUCCGUUGAUAUUCAGCGAAGUUGGUGGCAGGACACUAUACAGAUUAUCAGUAGGUGAUGCUGGUGGUGAAACAGAAGGCAAUUUAUUAAAUGAGACAGUGCCGUCAUGGGUUGUGGAUGUCGCUGUAGAGAUGGCGCCACCAAAGUUAAACAAGCUACCAUUCUAUCUACUGUCACACUCAAGCUGCCAGAGUAAACAGGAUAGACAGAAAAAGGACCGUCUAGUCGCAAACGACUUCAUACAAUGCCGUAAAGUGGCAGAACACGUUGUAGAAAAGAUAGUGGGCGGUGGUGACGUGAACGGCGCCAGCGCCGGCAGCGGCAAGGGAAGCGCCAACGAAGACAGUGGCAAUGAUGCGCCAGAGGAGAGAGUCGAACUGCUUUGCUGUGAUCAGGUUUUGGACCCCAACAUGGAUUUAAGAACAGUACGACAUUUUAUAUGGAAAUCUAAUGUGGAGUUCACACUGCACUAUCGGGUGUUGAAACAAUGAGAAUUCCCAUAUAUACACUUGUACAAGUCACAACUAAAGAAAUACUGCUUCUUUACUUGUAUCGUAGAGUAAGCGAACGAAUUAUGAAAUAAUUAAAAAAAAACUGUAUUUAGUCGUAAAAACGCAAUGUAACGCAGCGAAGCGCAGUACUGACAAUUGACUGAUUUUCUAAAACUCGCUUGACCUAGCUUCGGAAUUUAAAAAAUCUAGGAUUUAUUAUAACCUUGUGCAGAUGGUAGAUCACAGAAACCAUUGUUAAAGUAUUACUAAAUUAUUAAGUUCAAUAAAUAAGAGAUUUGAUUGUAAAAAUCUAUAGGUAACUGACACAAUACAGUUUCUAAAUUCAAAAAUUGCUGUCGCAAACGGUAAAUAUUGUAAAUUCAUGUUAUUCAUAUGUAUUAAUGCAAUUUCUUUUUAGUAAAUACUGUACCACAAUGUUAGCUGACACUAGUAUCAUUCUAUAUCACAAGAUAUAUCUGUUAUAAAAUUAUAAACAGUGACUUAAAAUCAUCAUCAUCAUCAUCCCAACCACUAUCUGUUCACUGCUGAACAUAGGCAUAAUAAUCGUAGGCUACCAUAAGGAAUAGUCCCCAGCCACUUGCAUUCACUGACUCCCUGCAAUACAUUUGAGGUCUUCACUCCAACUGUUGGAGGGUUUUUUUUAUGAGUGAAAAUGAAAUGGUAACCCCGCCUGCGCUAACGGUAUACGCUGGCGGAGCACCAGUAAAGGGUGAUCGAUGAGAAUGAAAACAGGCCAGUUAGCCCAUCAUGAUGAAUUCAUCAGGAAUUAACCAUGAUAGUUUCCAGAGGGAACCGUGAGGAGAUCGACCUGGUUGGGUAUAUUGCUAGCAAUGGGAUUCUUAGUCUCCAUUACUAACAAUCCCUUUCCCCCCACUUUUGGGCGUUUGUCCUACACUACGUUUGCCCGUGCAAGGUCGAGAACUCGAGAACCUUUCUUCCCCAUCGAUAGUUAAUUCUUUGAUUAUUAAAUUAUUUAAAAUAAUUUUCUUACGGCAAAGCAAAAGGAUUUUUCUUAUAGGGAGAGAUUUGUGGUCAGUAUGGGACAUUAAAGGGUUAUAGUAAAGAUAUGGGCGCAAUGGGUAACACAGUACAUAGACUGUUCCGCGUGAAUUAAUAAAUUAAAAGCAUGAUUGAAUGUAUGACUUGUUACAAACUUUCCACGUUUAUAAUAUUAGUAUUAUUGUAUGUUUGGGACUAAUUAAUAAUAUAUUUAAAUAACGGGCACGAUUCAGAGACGAAAUUUCUAUAAUCUGUUAUCGUAAUAUUUUAAUGUGAUAAUUUCGCAAAUUACUGCUUUAUGGACCAUUAUAAAUUAAAAUUAGAAUAAUUUUGAUGUUAUAACUACUGGUUUAACUUACGUGUAAUUAGAUGAAGAAAGCUCGACUAGUUUCGGUAUCAAAUCGUAAUUCUUAAUCAGGAGCGGCAUGUACGCUUAUAAAACUUUUAGCAGUAUAAUAAUUUUGAGUUAAAUCUAUUAAAAAAUUUGUUCAUAUGGGUCCUUAUAGCAAAGAUUUCGCUGUGGUAUCAAAUUUUAAUUUUAGAGAAAUGGCGCUUCAGAAUCGAGCUUAAUAACUGCAAAAUUUCGUAUAUGUCUCUCUUGCCUCUCUUGCUGACGCCUAUACCUGUCACGCCAUCUAGCACUGCAAUGUUAAUUCAAUUUAGUACCGAUAGAUGGCGUUAUAUUUAUCAAUAUAUCAUGUAUAUUACCUAAAUUCCAAAACGUAAUAACAAAAAUUGAAUUUCUUUAAAGUGACCGUAUAAAAAAAAUACUUUAAAAACACUAGUAUGAAAGGUUAAAAACUCCUUGGCAUAUUUUUUUUAUUUAGAAAAUAAAAUCCUUUCACUGCUAGAAAACUUGCUUAAACUGAUGCUAAUUUAUCCUGUAUACGCGAAAAAUUUUAAUUUUGAAAAUGUAGAAAUAAAACACGGAUUUCUGCGUUACGUUGCGACGAAACGCGUUAGCCUCGUGACUCGGGUGUUCACUAGACGGUUUUAUAUAAAUGUUUAAAUAUAACAACUAUUAGGGCUAACGCAAAAAAUUUAAAUCUAUACAAACAUGCAACAUGCCCCAUUGGCAAAUGGCAAACGAAUCUGUCGGUAAAUACCACUAUAGGUUUAUAUGUGACAUAGAUAAAUAAAGUAUCUAGUCCCCAAGAUAAGAGGAACACAAAAUAUGUUAUGAGAAACCAAAUUAGGCAAUGCCAAUGCCACCCAAACAUGAAAUUCGUCUCCUAAAUCGACUCAACCGAGAAUCGAACUCGGGACCUCAUCUACAUUAAAGCAAAUCGCUUACAAUUGUACCACGGAGGUCGUCCAGAGUUGAGAUAGAACGAGAUAGCAAUCUCCGGCGUCGUGAUUUUAUUCAUGCUUGUUUUAUACCCCUAAGGUGGCAAACAAGCAUACGGCCCACAUGAUGGCAAACGUUUACCGUAGCCUAUAAACGCCUGCAAUACCAGGGGAAGUACGCCUGUUGCCGACCCUGAAAAAAGCUUUUUACCCCUUUUUUUAAGAACCCCAUGCUGUAUUCUCUUGGAAAAACCACGACCUCAACGAAAUCUACAGAUGUAUGCGUUUGCCACUUAUCUAAAGGAGUAACAUAAUUUGACUUUAUAAGACGCCUAAGUUCUCUGUCUCGACGUUACUAUUAAGUGUAAGGGAGAUAGAAGACAACUCACCUGUGUAAACAAACACCGCAUCGGUUUUCCAUGAUAGAAAGACAUGCUUUGUCAUAUUUUACAUAGUUUGCCAUUAUUUAAUUUCUUUUUCUAUUAACUCCUCUUGCCUACUCCGAUGGGGUGUGAAAGAGAUAGAAGGUAACGCAAAAAAUCUAACGAAAUCAUUGUCUUUGGCUUCAAAAUAUAGUAAUCCAAUCAUUGUUGGGUUUAAACUUUUUUAGAUUACCACACACGGCGUAGGUAAUUUAUUUCUAACCUGUACGUAACGUAAGAUAUUAUGUUUCUUUGGAUUUAAUUAUAGUAUGUGUGCAGUCACAUAUUUGAAGGGAUACGCGUGUAAAGUUAUUUAAAAUAAGUAAAUAAUUAUUUCCCCCACAUUUUUUUGGGUGGAAUUGGUUUCAUCAUAUUUAUUUAUGUCAAAUUAAUGCUGUAUUAUGUUCAAUAAUUAUAGUUCAAUAUAUUCGCUUAUGUACAGAUAAGUUUACAUCCUGUUUUUUUUUUUAUGAAAUACGCGAUAAAAUAUUAGCGGUGCGUAACAAUUGUUGACAUAUGUUAUUAUUAAUAUUUAGUUUGUAAUAGUGAAAGAUACUGUAAGUUUUUAUAAUUAGAUUGAAUCUACGCCGUGUCUAAUCUGAUCAAUGUUUUACCUUAAAACAUAUUGUGCAUUGAAAAUAUGAACAUUGACAAAUCUGUCAAAAUAAUUGUUAAGUUUACAUUUUGUUUAAAUUUAAUAAAUUUUCUAUAAUAUUUUUUAAAUUUAUUUUUUCAUAUUUCAUAUGAUGUCUAAUUUUGUCAUUUCAAGAUUAAAUAACUGAACCAACAGAUAUUAUCUGUACAAUGGCUGUAUAAGCUUAUUAUUCCUUUAUUCAUAAAAACAUCAAAUCUCGCAUAGAAAACCUAUUUUAGUUAUUGAACUGUUUUGUCUCUAUCUUUUGCGCUAAAUUCCCAAUGUGAAAGAAAGUGACAAAACAGUGUGAUAAUUAAAAUGCGUUUGUAAUAGCUUUUACUUUUAUAUGAGUAAAUUGGUUAAUAUUUUUAGGAAAACUGAAAUAAAAAAAUUAAUAAAAGUUAUAAAUAUCUAAUACCAUAACAGCCGUUUACUGUCCACUGCUGUACAUAGGUCUCCCCCUACUAAGGGGUUCCGCCAGUAGUUGCCACGCUCGGCAGGCGGGUUGGCAACUAUAGCAAGUUGAUGGUAUUUCGAGAGGGACGCUGCUUUGCAUCCCUCAACCAUUAAAUUUCCUUAGUCGCCUUUUAUGGCACCCACGGGAAAGGAAAAGGUAGCUCAUUCGAUGCCCGGAUCACACGGAGUAAUAUUUUGUUUUAUUCUAUUUUUGGGGGAAAACGUUAUGGAAUUAUUACUUUAGGAUCUACUCUGAGGUACUAUUGCUCUAAACUUAACGUUUUGAUUUGAUAGUUUUGUAUAUUUACUAUAUAUUUGGACCCUCACAUAUAAAAAAUAUACAUAAAACUUCCUCAUAUGGAAAGACUGGGAGUUUGCCAAACCCCCCUUGGAUUUGGCAAACUCCCAAAGCGAGGAAGUCUUUUCAGCAAAGAACAGUCAACGGAUGAUAUGAUGAUAUUAAAUAUUGUUAAUUUUUUUUUUAAUGUUGAAUAUUUAAUUUUGAUUGAAACUAAACAUUUAUUUUGACAGACAUUAUCAUUUAGAAUUCUAGUGAAUUAAGUUUGUAAAUCAAAUUUAUAAAUCUUACUGUGUUAUCCAUUUAUGAGUUAUAUAAUAAACUGAACAUAAAAAACAGGAAUUAAAAAGGUCUAAUGAA